AAUAUUAUUUUAAUAGAGGUUUGGAACUAAUCCUCCUUCACUAUUUACAUCAUUACCGAUGCAUUACAACGAUUUGUUUAAACGGAGUGGUUUAGUACCGGCAAUUUUGGAAUGUUUACGAGGUUAAGAAGAAUAAUAACCGCAGAACAGUUGUUCCCAAGCAGUUUCUAUCCGUGUUCGUAGAAAAUGGUUUUCGACCUAUAUUUUCGAGUUCGAAAAAUGCGUAAAAAUCGCUGAUGAAUCAUCUUGAAAGAGUCCCAGGAUUCGUUAUAUUUUUGCUGUACAGCAAGCCAGGUAGAAGAGGAAGACGAUCAAAAAAUGGCUGUAAUGCGAAAAGCAUUUCAAAUGUUCGACACGACGAAAAGCGGUUUCAUCGACACGUUGAAAAUUUCAACGAUAUUGAACACGAUGGGUCAAUUAUUCGACGAUUCCGAUUUGAAUGCUUUGAUCUCGGAGAAUGAUCCGGAAGGGACUGGUAAAGUAAACUUCGACGGAUUCUGCAGAAUCGCUGGUCGAUUCUUGGAGGAGGAAGAUGCAGAGGCGAUGCAAGAGGAAUUGAAAGAGGCCUUCCGUUUAUACGAUCGCGAGGGAAAUGGAUAUAUUACAACUGCUACAUUGAAGGAGAUUCUUGCUGCUCUCGAUGAUAAACUUACCAGUGCGGAUUUAGACGGUAUAAUUGCUGAAAUUGAUACCGAUGGAUCGGGAACAGUUGAUUUUGAUGAAUUCAUGGAAAUGAUGACUGGAGAAUAAUCAUGGAUUGAAAUACAAUUGGCAGAGCGACGUCGAAGACAGUACAGUAUUUUAAAAUAAUAUUUUAAUAUUUUUGUUGAUACUAGUAUCCUGUGAAAAAAAUUUGUUUAAUAAAACGAUAAUAUAAAUUUUC